AAAAGAUGGUGCGCGUAGUAAGUUUUGGGGUGCGCGGAGAACGAGCGAAUAUGGUUUUGCUUUGAAAAUCCCAUUCUUGUUGAACACGUCGUCCCAAACCGUCGCCAGGGACGAAUAAUUUUCCACUACGCUGCGGCGGCUCUUGGGUAAUCGCUUACGUGGGUGAUUUCGUCAUCAGAAAGACUAGAAAUUAAAUAAAUGAAUAAAAGAUGAAGAAGCAGAUUCUCCGAAGGCGGUAGGAUCGUUAUUCGUCAGGGGUAAACGCUCUUCCGCGGACCCAAAUAUAUAGGGGACGGAGACGGGAAAGAGGCGGGAGAGCUUUGAGGCGAAUUCGUUUAUCAUUUAUUUUUACAAAAGAAGAAGAAAGUCAAUUACUUUGAUUCUUCAACUUCAACCCAUCCACCGUCCUUUUGGGUUCUUAGAUUUGAGGGUUAUUGUAUGAGCAUAGGGCUGAGGAGGUGCUGGAAACCGGUGGUUAAGAUGGCGGAAGAGAUUAAUUCAUCGCCUGCAGCUGCCACAGUUGCCGGCUCCGGAACAAAUAAGAGAUCGCUAUGGCCGUCCCUUCUCCGGUGGAUCCCUACUUCCACGGACCAGAUCAUCGCCGCAGAAAAGCGCCUACUUUCUCUUGUCAAGACACCAUAUACGCAAGAGCAAGUUAAUAUAGGCUCUGGUCCGCCAGGGUCCAAAACUAGAUGGUUUAGAUCAACAAGCAGUGAACCUAGGUUCAUAAACACAGUCACUUUUGACAGCAAAGAGGGAUCUCCAACUCUUGUUAUGGUUCAUGGAUAUGGUGCUUCUCAAGGUUUCUUUUUUCGCAAUUUUGAAUUUCUUGCAAAACACUUCCGAGUCAUAGCCAUUGAUCAGCUUGGGUGGGGUGGAUCUAGCAGGCCUGACUUCACAUGCAAAAGUACUGAAGAAACUGAGGCAUGGUUCAUUGAUUCUUUUGAGGAGUGGCGCAAGGCCAAAAACCUGACCAAUUUUAUUUUACUUGGUCAUUCAUUUGGAGGCUAUGUUGCUGCAAAAUAUGCACUUCAGCAUCCGGAGCAUGUUCAGCACUUGAUACUGGUUGGUUCUGCUGGGUUUACAUCUGAAACAGACAUGCCUGAGCGGCUAACACAGUUCAGAGCAACAUGGAAAGGAGCUGUUUUGAAUCAUUUGUGGGAGUCCAAUUUUACCCCUCAGAAGCUUAUUAGGGGUUUAGGUCCAUGGGGACCAAAUCUAGUUCGCAGAUAUACUGGUGCUAGGUUUGCUGCGUAUUCAAGUGAAGAUGCUCUGACCAAUGAAGAGUCUAAGCUACUCACAGAUUAUGUAUACCAUACUCUGGCAGCCAAAGCAAGUGGGGAGUUAUGCUUGAAAUAUAUAUUCUCUUUUGGAGCAUUUGCUCGUAGUCCUCUUUUACACAGGGCACCGGAGUGGAAAGUGCCCACAACAUUCAUAUAUGGUUUUGAAGAUUGGAUGAAGUAUGAAGGAGCCGUAGUAGCACGCAAAAACAUGAACGUUCAAUGUGAAAUCAUAAGGGUACCUCAGAGUGGCCAUUUUGUGUUUAUAGAGAAUGCUGCUGGUUUCCAUUCUGCUGUAUAUUAUGCUUGUCGUAGAUUUCUUUCACCCGAGAAAGACAGCUGUUCACUUCCAGAAGGCCUGAUGUUGGUUUAAUGUAAAAGGUUGCGGUGUAAAUUAUACGGAAUAGUACAGAAGUGUAAUAAUAUCCUGUUCUGAAUUUCAAUACUGAUCAUUUAUUUGUGUUGAUUCGUUCCUGCAUUCAAAAUAAAUGACCAAAACACGAUUCUAUCUUCUCUAUGAUCAAUAAAUUAAUAGAAAAAAUGACCA